CGCCGUUUCUGCCGACUGGUGCCGGCUUGAAUCCUCACCGGGUCGCAUUCCGAGCUCGCUCUCGAUCUUCAAGCGUCAAUCGCUCCCUCGCCUUUUGGCUGAUCCCUGCACUCUACUCUCUCUCCCGAGUCAGCAACCCUCGUCUGAUAUGACCCCCGGUCGGCAUCCCUCCGUCGCCGAAAAGCCCAAAGCCGAGGUUGUGGCUGAUGACACCAUCGCCACCCCCGAUCCUGCCCAGCGUCCGCUGCGAUCGAGAACGGCUUGGUCCAUCUGGACCAUCUCCUGGCUCAAUCCGCUCUACAAGCUGGGCUCCAAGCGGCCGCUGCAGCCCGAAGACCUCUUCCAGCUGGACCAUGAGCAGAAAUCCAGCGUGCUUGUGCUUCAGUUUGAGGAGCAUUGGAAUCGGGCCCUGCAGAGCGGCAAGGCCCCGAGCGUUCUCGGGAUCGUUAUCAGGCUUCUCGGAUGGAAGUACUUUUCCGUCGGACUCUUGAAGUUUGUGGCAGAUUCGUCGAUAGCAUUCUGCCCGUUCUUGAUGCAGGGGCUUAUCCAGAGCGUCGUGCAAAGCCAAGCCAACAACGGCCAGAACCCUCCUCCUCUCGCCAACACCUACCUGAUUUCGCUUGGCUUUCUCCUGCUCACGAGCCUGUCCUCGAUCUGCAACAUGUUCCUGGGCCAAGUCUCGAUCGAGUAUGCCACUGCCAUCAAGGGCGUGCUGACCACUGUCAUCUAUCGCAAAACCUUGAAACUGUCGGGCAAAUCCCGCCAGGAGUUUCAUGGAGGAGUCGUUGUCAACAUGGUCUCAACGGACUGCACUCGAAUCGAGAACUCGAUCCAGCAGUUUCAUCUCAUCUGGACGUUUCCGCUGUGGCUCUCGGUCACAACCGUUGUGCUGUAUCUUACCAUCGGCGUCGCUGGCCUGGCCGGCAUAGCGAUACUACUUGUGUUUGUGCCCAUCCAAGCCAUCAUGAUCAAGGCCCUCGUCAAGCUCAGAACCUCAACCGCCAAGAUCACAGACCAGCGCGUCAAGUUCACCCAGGAGAUUGUCAGCGGAAUCCGGGUGGUCAAGUUCUUUGGGUGGGAGCGGAGCUUUAUUGGGAAGAUCCUGGACAUCCGAGACUGGGAGCUGAAGCUGGUCGUUCGCGCCAGCUUGAUCCGGGCCGUGUUCUCGGGUCUUGGUUUUGCCCUUCCAGCCAUCGCGAGCGCUGUAACGCUCUUGGUCUAUGGAUCCAUCUCCCCGGUUUUCAACGCAACCUCGGUGUUCUCGGCCCUUGCCCUUUUCAACCAACUCCGACAGCCCAUCAUGUGGAUUCCGGUCAUGCUCGGCACGCUCAUGGACGGCAUGGUCGGUUUCAGACGCAUUCAGAGAUUCAUGGAUGCUGCCGAGAUCGAGUCUCAAAUCCAGUACAAUCCCGAUGGCAAGCUUGCAGUCGAGAUCAACGGCGCCCACUUUGAGUGGGAGGUGCCGUUGGAGACACCUGUUUCGCCAGAGAAGCUCGCAAAGCCCAAAGAAGAGAAAGAGUCAUUCAAGCACACAGAUGCCAUUGGCUUCGACACACAUGGGAGUGAAGUCGAUCUUCUUGUGCCUGGCAGCAUCUUCUCUCUAAAGAGCCUCGAUUUGGCCGUCCCUCGGGGCUCGCUAGUGGCGAUUGUUGGGCCUGUUGGAUCCGGCAAGUCCUCGCUGCUCAGUGCGAUCAUUGGCGAGCUCAAAUGCACGAGCGGACACAUCACCUUGGGCGGAUCUAUUGGAUACUGUCCCCAGCAAGCGUGGAUCGUAAACUCGUCAGUCGAAGAGAACAUCACGUUUGGCUCCGCCUAUGACCGAGUCCGGUACGAGCGAGUCAUAUCGGACUGCGCUCUCGCCAGAGAUCUGGAGAUCUUGCCCGAUGGCGAUCAGACAGAGAUCGGAGAGCGUGGCGUCAACCUCAGCGGCGGACAGAAACAACGAAUUUCGAUCGCAAGGACAGUCUACGCCGACUCGGAUAUCGUUCUGCUGGAUGAUCCUCUCAGCGCCGUUGAUGCACACGUCGGUCGUUACAUCUUUGAGCGGUGCAUUCGAGCGGCGUUGAACCAAAAGACUCGGCUCUUUGUCACCCAUCAGCUCCAUCUCGUUCCACAGUGCGACCAUGUCAUCUUGAUGGCCCAUGGCCAGAUUCAGGAGCAAGGCAGCUUUGCUGACCUGAUGGCGCUUGAUGGAGAAUUCGCCCGGCUGAUGACCUCCUACGGAGGCAUCGAUUCGGUCGGCGGCGAUGAAAGCUCGGAUGACGACAGCUUGGAAAUCGACGACUCCUUGGACCGCCACCAGGCCGAGACCAUGCCAUCAAUUGAGACCCUGGCCGAGUCGGAGGUCCCUUCGAAGCAUGCUACCCUCAGCAACGAAAAGGAAGCCAAUGCCCGAACCGAGAAGGUCGUCCGCCACGAGAUGAAGCGUACACGGGAUCAAAUGCAGCAGGAAGAGCGCCUGACCGGUGCCGUCCAGACCAAGGUUUUCCUCUCGUAUCUCAAGGCAUGCGGAUCAGUGUCGUUCAUCGCGGUGUUGGCAUUCAGUUUGAUAUUUACGCAAGUCACCCGGCUCUCGAAUGAUCUGUGGCUGGUGUCCUGGUCGCAGCUGCUGUACCCCGACCUCCCACGGGCCGAUUACAUGGGCAUUUUCGCGGGGCUGGGGCUUCUGCAGAGCUGUGCGCUGUUGCUUUACUCGUGCCUGGUCGCCAUUGGCAGCAUCCAGUCUGCCAAGAAUCUGCACGGACUUGCUCUCAACGGAGUCUUUGGAUCGGCCAUUCGGUUUUUCGACACCACACCCAUCGGCCGCAUCAUCAACAGAUUCGCAAGGGACCAGGACUCGAUUGACACCGCCAUUGGCGAUGCCGCCCGCCUGCUGUUCUAUAGUAUCCUCACGCUGAUCUCGUCGUUCCUUGUGAUCAUCUACUUCACCAAGGCGUGGUUCCUAGUUGUGCUGGUGCCCAUGAUGGUGCUCUACUUUUUCAUCCAGCGUCUCUAUCGAACGAGUACCCGUGAGCUGAAGCGCAUUGAGUCGCUGACCCGCAGUCCGCUCUAUGCGCACAUUUCCGAGUCCAUGUCUGGGCUCUCGACCAUCCGUGCUUACAAGGACGAGUCCAGAUUCAUCGAAAAGACCGAGGCUCUGAUUGACCUGAACCUGUCGCCAGCCCUGCUGAUGUACUCGGGCCAGAAGUGGAUCCAGAUCCGGCUCGAGAUGAUCGGAAAUCUGAUGGUCUACAGCAUGACGCUCUUUGCAGCCAUCUUCCGGGCAACCGUCUCGGCCUCGCAGAUUGGCUUGUCCAUUUCAUAUCUGCUGCAGCUGACUUCGCUGCUGAACAUGUGUAUCUUCCAAGCAGCCGAACUGGAUAUUCAGCUCAACUCGGUCGAGCGCAUCGUCCACUAUUCCAGUCUUGAGCCCGAGGAGCGGCUUGUGGCGACCAAUCUUCAUGUCCGCGAGCCACGUAUCCGCACCGUUGAGAGCGAGGCCGAGCCGCACACCCCCGACAUUUCUCCGGAGAUGGAUGCUGAGAUCCAAGACUCGGCGCUCACAAUCCCGGCUGCCACCGCCACUGCGGGUCCUGUCAAAAAGCCACGCAUUCGACCCCUGCGGUCGUGGCCUGCACAGGGCCUCAUUGAGUUCCGUGAUGUGCAGAUGCGCUACGCUGCCGACUUGCCUCUGGUCUUGAAGGGCGUCAUGCUCCGGGUCGAGCCCAAGCAAAAGAUUGGCGUCGUUGGCCGCACCGGGUCGGGCAAGUCGUCCCUGGUCUUCAGCCUCUUCCGGAUGACUGAGCUGAGCGGCGGUGCGAUCGUUAUCGACGGUAUCGACACAGCACAGCUCACCCUGCAUGAUCUUCGGUCGCGCAUCGGUAUCAUCCCGCAGGACCCUGUUCUCUUUUCCGGCACCAUCCGCAGCAACCUGGAUCCCUUCCAGGAGCACUCGGACGCCAGGAUCUGGGAUGCUCUUGAGCGCAGCGGCAUGAAGAGCGCCAUCAUGGCGACGGACGACCGUCUCGACUCCAAGGUCACCGACAAUGGCGAGAACUGGAGCGUCGGACAGCGGCAGCUGAUCUGUCUGGCAAGAGCCAUCCUCAAGCGCCCCAAGAUUGUUGUCCUCGACGAAUGUACCGCCAACGUCGACUACGAGUCCGAUCAGCUGAUUCAAAAGUCAAUCCGGGAGGACUUUGAGAACUCGACCGUGCUGACGAUCGCCCACCGCCUCAACACCAUCAUCGACUACGACAAGAUCCUGGUGAUGGACCAGGGCGUCGUGGCCGAGUUCGACACACCCGCGGCGCUUCUGCUCGACAGAGGCAUCGAACAGUCGAUCUUUGCGCGCAUGGUCGAGGACAGCGGGCCGAGCAAUGCCGCCUUGCUCAAGGGCCUGGUGAGGCGGGGCAGGGAGGGCUGCCCCCAGCAGAUCUCCCCGGCGUGACCAUGGGGGUAUCGAAUUUGUACAACUGCCGUGGCCAAAUGAAGCAAUCCUGCGCCCCAUCA